CGAAGGUACCAAGAACACAGCAGAUAUGAACAGCAGUUGUAAAUAGGUUUUUAGGGGGAAAUCAGCAAUUAAGCAAAACUGAGCUAUAGAAAUUCUACUGGCUGUUUUGAGUAGUCAAACUAACAGGUUUUAUUUUGAUGGAGCCACAUCUUGAAAAACAUGCAUGUAGAGAAGUUUAGUAACUCAAUUAAAAACCUAUUUUGUUGAGCAUGCACCCCUUGCAAUAAAUUUGAGUCAGCACCUACAACCGCUCUGCAGUCUUCCAAUGUAGUGCUGAUCAGGUGGUUGCAGAGCCCCUGCUAACAGCAAUAUGAUGCAGCUGGAGAGGAAAGCACAAUCCACAGAGAGGAACUAUAGCUAUUCUCCAGAACAAGGCGACCUUUAAGCAUAAAUCUUUCAGAGAAAUGAUGCACUGAUGCUGCAGAAGGGACUGUGAAGCAAGAUGCCAUUCAAAUCACACCUGGCUGUUCUUGUUCUCUGGCUAUGUGAGCUCCAUUUAAUUGGCAGUGUAAACAAUGACAAGAUUGCCCUCGUUAUCAAGAACAACAACAAGGAUAAGAAAGCCCACACCAUCAGCGAUAAGAUCACCCAGGACGAGACUGCCCCCCACACCCAGCCCACCUCCAUCACCUGGCUGACCAGCAAGGACAAAUCCCAGGGCCCAACCACCAUCCACUCCACCAGCAACGACAAAGAUAAGACAGUGUUCGUCAGCAAUGACAAAGGUAACACAAUCUCCACCACCCACCCCAUCAGCAACGACAAAGAUAACACAAUCUCCAUCACCCACCCCGCCAGCAAUGACAAAGAUAAGACAGCAUUCACCAGCAACGACAAAGACAACACAAUCUCCUUCACCCACUCCACCAGCAAUGACAAAGACAAGACAGCAUUCACCAGCAACGACAAAGACAACACAGUCUCCACCACCCACCCCACCAGCAACGACAAAGUCUUCACCACCCAGCCCAACACGGAUAAUGCUCGAUCAACCAGAAAACUUCCAAAGAAGUCGACAUUGAAAGGUGAUACAACUUCUCAUCCUGGAGGCUCAGCUGCUACAAUCCCUUCAGUGUUUACUAUUGCAUCACUGAUAUGUGUUCUUUUGCUGUAAAUUUAAUGCCUCUUCUACUUUUCCACAUGUAAUCACUGACAACAAUGUCAUUACGCUAAGAAGCCAACUCUUCUCGGCACCACUUUACCAAGACGGGGGCAUUUUCAUCCUUUCAGUAGGCUCUGCAACCUUUUCAGAUUAAUUCUUAAAUUAUGUGAUAUUAUGCCGCAUGCAACUCUUUGUUAACGUGUUUUCCUAGCCACUCCAGUUCUGUUUUCACCCCACUGUCAGCUUCAUUACCCACCAGUGCUUAGUUUAUCACUACCCCCCCAGCAUGCUAUGUAGGUACCAAGAUUUUCCUAGACUAUGACUAUUAAAGCUGUGGGAUUCUCAGGGAGUUGGGUUAUGGGGUAUUUGCUCCUUAUAUGUGGUUUUCUGCUUUUAACCCAAGCCAUGUGGAGUGAGCUGUGAUAAUAGGGUGAUGGGUUCUAUAUAAAUGCCUGAUGUUCUUAUUGGUAUCAUGUCUGAAAGAUGGUUCACCUAAAACUAUUUAACUUCUAUAUAUACACACAAUAGUGCAGAUUUAAUAUAUUUUAUUUAUAACAUGGCAUUAUCUAGUUUUUAAAACAAUUUUUCUAAAUAGUUUUAUGUUAUUCACAGGAAUUAAAAAUAAGUUGAGGUUGUCCAGUUAGAAGCAACAUUCCACUAUUACCUGCAUUAUUUUAAACGGGGGGGCGCGAGAGGGGGAGAGGAAGAGAGGGGAAUCUCAACAAAAUUCUUUAAAGGCUACUACAGAUUCUUCAAAAAUUGAUAGGCGUUAAAUACCACAAUGGACAGAAGCAUGAUAGUAAAAGUAACAUCUACAUAGAGCAGAGAGCUAUUUGUUACAUUACUUUCGUUUCAAGGAACUUUAAACACAACACCAAAAUAAAUAAAUUUUUAAAUAAUAAAGCAGCAUUUACAAUGGUAGGUACUAAUUCUACAAAUGAAGGAACUAUACAAAGGAGAGGAAAGGCAAAUUAUUUUCUUGGAUUCAUGCUUGGGUACUGCCUGGAGUGUGCCUGCAUUCAGCAUGCUCUCUUGGCAAACAAGAGAAAAGCCUGUCUCUCUCCUGAAAGGCUUUUCACAUCAGACAAGUCAGUUGAUUUACUUGUAUUAAACAUGACCAUUCAAAAUUAAUCUGUUCACAUCUGUACUCAAAUAUUCGGGACUGAGUAAUUAAGAUACUCUAAAAUGAAGCCUUAACAAAAAGGCAGUACAACAAAUACCGUAGCUAUGCCUUGUAAAAUUGUUAACCUUUUUGUAUUAAGGAAAGACAUGCCAAUUUAAAAUCCCUUGCAGUUCUAUUUAGCGGUCAAGCUCUUAAAAUUCUGUUAAAAUGUUUUAAGGUGCAAUUUUUUAAGUUGUUCGCCAUAUUGCUAUGUCACAAUUACAAUAUGCCUCUAUU